AUUGGUUCCUUUCUUAGAUGCAAUAUAUAAGGACAUACUUGUAAUCAAGCAGUCUUCUGGGGCACUUGCCAUGCAGAACUGGGGCACCAUAGGUCUUAUCAUUCUCCUGGAACUUAACAUACCUGGCUGCAUGCAGAAAGUAUUUAUACCUCGAAAAUGCAAACUACCACCGAAAAAGGGAAAAUGUAAUGCAGACUUUGAGAAUUUUUAUUACGAUUACAAGAACAAUAUGUGUAAGACUUUCAUCUAUGGAGGUUGUGGUGGCAAUAAAAAUAACUUUGUAAGUCUGCUGGAAUGUUAUUACGUGUGUAAAAGAUUUGGCUUCUUUUCUACCUGGGAAAAUAUUGUGGGAGAUUUGCAAUGGAAGAAAAAAAUACCUCGGGAAUGCAAAUUGAGGGCCAGGAAAGGAAGGUGCAAGGGUAAAAUUACUCGUUAUUAUUAUGAUGCCUUCAACAAGAGAUGCCGAUUGUUUACUUAUGGUGGCUGUGGAGGAAAUGCAAACAACUUUCGGACCUUCAACGACUGCAACAUGGCCUGUGACAUGUUUGGAAAUAAGAUGAAACAUUUCUAUCCAGAGUUCAUGCUACAGACGUGCGAUCAACCAUUAGAUGUGGGUCCAUGCAAAGAAAGCUUUCCUCGCUUUUACUACGAUUGCACUACCAAGAUUUGUAAACCAUUCAAGUUUGGUGGCUGCAAUGGCAACAGAAAUAACUUUUUAAGUCAUGAGGAUUGUGUUCAGGAGUGUAAAUCGGUAUAGACCCAGGAACUCCAAAGUCCCAAGAGACGGCACCAACUCUUUACAGAUCCGUCUUCAAAUAUAGAGGAUUGGUUAAUCAUGUAAUAACAGACUGAGGAAGUCAUUUUUGGAAGGCCCCCUUGCAUUUACUGAAUAUUAACAUUCAUUUGUUUUCCAUGCAUCAUCCAGCAUGCAACGGGCAAGCCGAAAGGUUAACAGACUAUUGCAGAAUGUGUAAGAUGCGGUAUUUCUUAUAAGCAAGGCAACUGGAUGGAUCUCAUACCUCUUGCUGAAUUUGCUUACAAAAAUUCAGCAGCCUCCUCUGUCAAUAUGGCCCUGUUCCAGGCAACAUAUGUAUUCCACCCACACAUCUUAUCAAAAGCCAGACAAGAAAGGACAGUCCCUCUCAACACCGAUUCUGUGCAUGAGUGACAAUCAGAUCCCAAAGCCUCUUCAUAGAAUGGUUCAAACUAGCAAAGGCUACCUAUGAGAGAGCAGCACACGUACAUAGUCAAGAACACGUAGAAUUGCAGAAGGGGAUUUGGUGUGGCUUUCUACAAAUUUACAACAUCGAUGAGAACUUCCAAGAAACUGUUCUUAAAAUUUAUUGUCGUUUUCUAGUAAUUAAGUGAAACAACCCAGUAGCUUUUUGUUAGCUUCAGUGAAAGUUCACUGUGUAUUGCAUCGGCAUUUCCUUUUGAAAGUGGCUGCUCCUUGCACUCUAUGUUCACAGACCACUCCCCUUCCCCAUUCUAACAAACAAAGAGGAAGAUAUGAGUUGGAAGUUGUGUUACACUAUAGGCAAAUAGCAAAUGGGUCAAAUACCUGAUACACUGGAAAGACUAUCCAGAAUCAGUCAGAUCACACAAGGCAGCAAUGGAGGUCCAUGUUCCAUAAUUGCUACAAUGCUGUCACAAACAAUAUCCCUGCAAACCUGUCUCUGGCCACUUCUGGCCUUGCAGGAAUCAGUGCUAAGCAAGACAAGCAGGAAAAGUUCAUUUAUGGGGUGGAGGAAGCUUCAGGAAGAGCAAGAGACCAAGUAACGGGAAAUACAUCUGCUCCUUCCACACUAGGCAUACAAGAUGUGAGUGUGAACCACAGAUUCCUGAGGGAGGGGGAAGCUGUCACAUAAAUGGGGUGAGAUAAUUUAAGGACACUGCUAGUGACCUUGAGAAUUUGGGGGGGGGGCAUGGAACAACACACAUACAUUUUAGAAGAGUUUGCAGCCCAGAGUCAAUUAGUUGAGAUGGACUGCUAUAGAAAUUAAACAAAAAAAUAAAAAUGAUAAAAUUUCCUUUUCAUAGCCCUCAACUUGUUUCCCCUGGGAAUUUGCGAAAAGGGGAAUGAUGGUGAUGUAAUAGUAUAUUGGAAUGAUCUUAGAAAAUGAGAGAAAGAAUUGCUUCCUAACUAAGGAUCAGAUAAAUGCCAGGGGGAUCCCGUAACAGAAUAAUAGGCAGAAAAAAGAAACUCAGAAGAGAUUCACUCUAACUUAUCAGGUGGUUAAAAUGAGACGG